AGUUAUUAUAUUGUGUUGUCGUGUGUCUAGAGGGGGGGUUCAACAUAUCUUACGUAAAGCCAAAAAGUUGAUAUAAACAAAUUAAAGAUGAUGAACUACUUUUGCGGCUGCCACGGCCUUGUGAUCAUCUUGGUGCUAAUUGCAUCUCCGGCAGAAGGAGAGGACAACCACCCUUUGUUGGAGUUAUUAUCAAGUAGAGAUGAAGUGGUGCAAAUUGCUGGCUAUGGAGAGGAGAAGCUUUCCACAGUCCUCAUUACAGGCUCAGUUACUUGUGAGGCACCACACCGACCUCAACCUCAUGCAUGGCCAAUACAAGGAGCUUCUGUUGGUGUGAACUGCAAGAGCCAUGGCAGGAAUAAUAAGUGGAAUAAGGGGAAGUCAAUGGUAGCAACAGGUGUAACAGAUGAAUUUGGAGACUUUAUGAUCGACCUCCCUUCCCACCUUCAUGCUAUUCCUAACUUGGAAAAGGUGUGCAUAGUGAAAAUUCAUCGGAUUCCUAAGGCAUCACUUUGUCGGCCAGCUCAUGUGAUCAAGAAACACAAGGGACUUACACUCUCUUCCUUUGGGAAUGGCAUCCGCACCUACAAUGCAGGAAACAUAAGGAUCCAACAUAUAUGAUUAAUUAAGACCAUGCAUGGCUCAUUUCUAUGGCGCUUAUAGUCACAGUAUUGGGUUGCAUGGGUACAUACACUGUACACGUACAUUACUGCAUAGUAUUUUCUAUACAUAUAUACAUCACUUAAUUUGUAAAGCAUACGCGGCUCAAAUUUGAGACUUGCGUGAGUUGUUACGUACAUUGUUGUGUGAAGACCACUAUUAUUUGGUCACAUAUAUAAUAUGAAUAUUUGUUGAAAGAAUUUA